AUGGUAUUUUAUCACACCGUGCGACAUCUCUACUUGAAGUCUCUUUUCCCUUAUCUGCAGGAGGUAGUGGUCUAUACAAGAUCCGAACUGAGCGAUAAAUGGAGACUGCUGAAAAAUGAAAGUGAAAAGGUGGAAAACAAGCACCAAAUCGAAUCUAUGGUUUGGUAUCAAAUUAAUGGGUCAAUCACUACGAAACAGCUGGCAGAUCCAACAAAUACUGACGCAACCCAAGAGGAAGCUGCUCAUUCUGUCCUACAAGGCUUCGCUACAAAGUUUAUUAAACAUACAGUCAAAAACAAUUCAUUUCUCCGCUCGUUUCAGGUUAUGGAAGAAUUCACCGUAUGCAAAAAUGUGAUGGAAAAGAGAAAGUUGUUCUUUGAUGAUAAUGGACUCCCACGAAAGAAUUUUCUGUGA